UCGCACGCGGAGGAUUCAACGACCUCCAGGAUGCGUUGCGAGUGAAUGCAGCUAUGAAUGCCCAAUUAACGCACAGUGCUCCCCCUCCUUCCAACCCCACACGACAAGGAAGCACAAUGUCCUGAUUCCGCUGAUUUGCACCAGAACGCUCCGAUAGGGUCCACGCCGUCGCCGGAGCAAACUUAAAGCGCACCCACAAAUCCUUCGGGGACAAUCAUCAACUGGAGUCACGGAGUAGUGAUUACUGUGAGACAGAUAUGGAGGUCCCCAAGCGUGAAUCGGAAAGCCGCAUCACCUGUCGGUGGCGAGGACGCGAAAAUUGCUGCAUGGGGAUCGUGGCAUGUACGAUGAAGCCAAGACGUACAGGUAUAAUUUUUUGAUACGACGAGAUGGGCGAUUGGGUGUAUGUACGAUCGAGACGCGGGUUUGGAGCUGCAGUUGGGGAAGGCAGGGUUGAGCACCGCGGUUGCGGCAGCGAUUGUGCAAGCAAUAGGGGCGGAGGAGGGGGGAACGAUACGGGAGUUCCAGCAGCAUUGCAAUCGCGACUGGCCAUGAAUGUAAGCAUGGCCUCCGCCUAAACCAGUUGCAAAGCUCCCCGGUCGCUCGACAAUUUGGCCCGGCUGGGUUGCGGCCAUCUCAAUGGCAUACGAAAGAUCUGUUGGCAUAGCGGAGUUUUUCAAGUGGAGUUCAGAUUUUCUUGCCAAGCUCUGUGGUUUUAACCUCCUGAAUUCGCAAGGACGUGGACUGGCCAUGCUGCAUCGCCACUGUUUUUAGUACGUGAAGGGACCCAAUAAUUUGGGCUACUCGACCUGUUUCAUCAGUAGCACAGCAUGAGCCUCCUGUCUGAUUGGUUUGCGCUCAUCUCUUCCGGGUCGUCGCUGGAAUUGCACAAAAUCGACAAAGGAAAGCCUCAGUGGAGACUAGGAAUGAUGUUUUAUAAACGGCGAUGUCUCAAGAAGGUAGAGAAUGUGGAAGACUUUCCUGAGUCCAUGUCCGUGCUGGAUUUACCAGAGCUCGCGCUAGAGGGAAUCCUUGGUCGUCUUCCUCCCGCAUCUCUAUGUCAGAUGGCUGGGGUGUGCCAAGAUCUGAGAAAGCGUUGCCGCAGUGACCAUCUCUGGCAAAACCUAUUUAAGGAAAAAUGGGCACGUAUCGUCGGCCCUUUGGCUUUCCACGAGUGGCAGCGUCAGUUAACCUUGCAAGCGGAGCUAGGAGCCGCAACCGAGCGCCCUCCCCGUCCGUGGGGAUGGCCUCUUUCUUGUCUUUGGCGCUUCUCAUGGCUUAAUAUUCAAGGCCAGCCUGCUGCGGUUCCGCCUCUGGAUUCUCUUAUGGCAUGGUAUUGGGCCCUGGAAAGUGGCAGCUUCUGGUUCCCCGCCCAAGUCUAUAACCGAGAGCAGAAUGGGCAUGUGGGCUUCAUGUUGUCGUGUUACGAUGCGGAACUUAACUAUGAUCGUAUUACUGAUUCUUUCAAGGCCAGAUAUCCACCCCAUGGACCCCGGACAAUUGUUAUAGAAGAGGGAGUCCGGUGGGAGCGUCUUCGUGCUCCACCCUUGGAUACACCUGCUCAUGACCUGCACCAAUCGGAUUGUCUAAUAGAAUUGCAGCCUGGCGAUCACGUCGAGGUGCAGUGGCGCAGGAACAAGGAGUUUCCAUAUGGCUGGUGGUAUGGUGUGGUGGGACAUUCUGAGGCUUGCGACGGAAAUUCCCGGCAUUGCCGCUGUCAUUCAAUUGAGACUGUCUGGUUGGAGUUCAGCCAGUAUACUCUUGGUUCACGGUGGCGACGUGCCGCCAUCAAUCGAAAAUCUCAUCGGGAGGAGGGAAAUGAGGCAGAGGGUUUCUAUGGAGGCAUCAGAAAAUUAAGGACGAAGGAAGAGAUCAACAUCUGGAAGCGGUUGUGGCCAACUGAGACCUUAGAAUGAUCUGGCUACCGUUGUUUCCUCGUCAUACACAGGGGUUGUUGAGGUGGCGCCAUAUUUACAUGUAAAGAACACCAGAAAAUGAUUGGUCGCCCCAAUUCAUUUUAUUUAUUUAUUUUUUAGAAUCAUUUGUUACGAAGAUAUUAGGGUGUAUAUACAAGAUGCUAGAGACAUACACAAGUAUGGUGGUGCACUGAAACAGAGUGCCGUAACGCGUUCCGGUGGCUUGAGUAAGUGUUACUUGUUUUUUGAAUAGAUUUUCGGUUUCGACAGUGGUGUAAUCCAUUAUCAUUCACAGACCCUACAGAACUUGUGAAAAAUUGAACCGUGAUUGCAGUAUUUCAAAGUGACAUGCCAAACUGAUCUGUGCAAGUCAUUGAUAAGCACA